AUGCCUGAUACGACGCAAAACCAAAGCGAGUUUCUCCGCCGUCUCAGCACGUCUGCUCGAAGACGGGAGUUUGAGUUUGCCGUCAGUCAAUGGGAGCAGAAUGUCGCUGAUGACUAUGAGGCCGUUGUCGAUUUCGAGCAUCGCCAGCAAGAUGUUGUUGGAAUUAUGAGGAAUGAAGAUAACGAAGAUGAGACUUCUACUGAGGAAGCGAGAGAACAGACACCUGAUAUACGAACUCCCAGCGGAAAGAACUUGCGAAGGAAGAUAGUGGUCGAUCAUGAUGUUCGAUCUCCUAAAAGAAAGAAGGAGGGUGAUGGCGACGCUCGCACUGUUACUGCGACGGCUUCUCUCUCUCCUAGGCCAGCAACCCCACACCCAAAACCUGAUCCUCCUGGUCAGAGGCAUACUUUGAACUUUGCUUGGGCCAUUAAAGACGUCACCGCCACUCCUGAGCGAGAACAAGCUCUCUUUUAUUACGGAACAGACGAAUCACCGAUAGGAGAAACUACGGGAAUCUUCUCGCCGCGAAGCAAUCUUACACUAGAUGACCAGGAUACUCCUUCUCCUGUCCUCCUGAAGGAAAGGCAUGUAUACAUACCUGACCAGCGGCAAUUGAUUGAUACUAGUGAAACACAGGGACCUGGAAGCGAGCUGGAUGAACAAGACGGGGCAAUGCCGUUCAAGAUAUUUGGGUGGAGUCCAUCUCGAAAAAGCUCACCUGUUCCAUCUAGCACAAACUCAACCCCGGAGAAAUCAAAGAAAUGGUCGAUUGGUACAAAAGCUCACCCACAGGGUAUUCGAUUAACUACUUUUUCUGCUAAACUGAAAGCCCUUCGAAUUGAAAAUAUAACCAGAAAACUCAUUAAGAAGAGAAGUGAUCCCGAUAUGAAUGUCGACGAGACCACAACUUCUUUAGCACAAAAUACCAGGAAUUCCAUACCAAAACUCGAUAACGAGGCUUUCCAAGCUAAAGUCAUGGUAUCGCCCAUCAGCGAUUCCAGUGAUAGCCCUUGUGGUUUGGAAUCUAUCAAUACCGAAGUUGAGAGAAACGAGGUGAAAGGAACUUAUGAGACAGACAAGGCUCCUGAGAGUCCCUCAUGUCUAGAUCUCGCAAUUGGUUUUGCUGAGGCCUAUGCCACUGAUCUUGGUGUGGCACGAGAUGAACUCCUUGCAGGAUCUUCCCCAACUAGCCCCGAGCAUACCGAUACCCUAGCUUCCCGUCGAAAAAAGAUCCAACAUUAUGGGGCUGGUCGUUCCAUUCCGCUCCUCGAUGAACACGACCUCGCCCGUGCCGAAGAGAUGGCUGCUAGAGCAGUUAUCGCGAAAUACAUGCCGCCAAUUAGGAAAAUUGGCAACUUCUCCUUUGGAGAAGAGCCUCCAAGCAAAGAGAAACAGGCGAAAUUGAAAGCUCUACGCAAGAACUUUGGGCACUACAUAAAUGAUCUGGAUACUACGGAGCUGGAGAAAGAUCACACUAUUACAGCGUGGAAGCGUAACUGGAAUGAGCACUUGAUGAGUCCCGGAACCACGCCUAUUGAAAUAAACCAGAAGCAGGAUAUUGAAUCGUACCUUGAUAGACUGAUCGAGUCCGAAGGAGACACUGAUAAUGAAAGGGCAAAAGAAUUUCUCCGACUAAUGAACCGGGGUCAAAUUGAAGUGGAGCAACUUAUGGUACAGGUUGACGAGCAAGAGAUAGUCUCUAAGCAAAGACACGAGCAACGACGAGGCCGAGGUGAAGGUGAACUCACAAGUCAGCAAGAUGAAGGCCCCGACUCCGUGCCGGAUAGACCUUGGCCGCGCCUUCCUUGUACACCAGGCUGGAAACCGGUCCAGAAGGGAUGGAUAUCUCAUGAUGGAAGGUACGAAUGCAUCGAGGCCGGCGCAAUUCCAAAAUUUGCAUACUGCGAGGAACAGGAUGGAGCUGAGGCACCUGACGCGCCAAAGACUAUAUGGUCAGGGGUCAAGGGCAGUGACGACGAACAUAUCAAUGAAGAUAUCUCUUUCAAGAUAUUAGGGCUAGAGGAUAACUGGAAAGCCUCGCCAACUGGGUUGUACAUGGCAGAUAAAUUUGAGGACGAUAACAACUCUGAUUCGGGGGAAUCAGAUAUUGGAUGGUCCAGCAAGCUUCUCAAUCACCGCCUAAUGCUUACCUGCAACUCUGUUAACGGAAGCAAUGUUGAUAUCUCCUAUGAUCCUGAAGAGCUCGACAUUCCCACAAUGGACAUGAACCGACACUUCGCAAAAAUGGAUUGCACUCUGGCCAACCAGUAUCCGAGCUAUGUCAAAACUGAGCGCAAAUUCAAUCGAAUGGGAGAAAUGGUCAUCAUCCCGCCACCCUUACGAAAGGACAAGAUUCCUCGUAGGUCAUGUAUGAAGCCGCUGGGACGGCUUAGGCGUGCCCGCAGGGGACGCCCUGUUGCUCGAGUUGAGAAGUGGGCAAAAUUUAAGCUACUACCGGAAGAAAGGGAUGCAACCGACAAGUCGCAUCCUAGGCCGUGUGGCUGGUCUCAGAAGAAACAGUUUCUUCUUCGGAAAGCCUUUCGACAAAAUGGACUUUUUGAGAUGCUACCUAGUGUUAGAGCUCAGCAUACGAGAAUCAGAGGCUUUGAACAGUACUAUCCACGAUUUCUACAGCAACCUGUUGGGACACAAGUCCGCCAAACGGUUUCCUACGGCGCAGGCUACAUCCUCAAUCAUAUCGCCCGCUUCAAACUCGGGCUACCAACCUCCGAGGAUGGUCAGACCAGGGUCAAAAUUCGUAAUGCCUUGAAGAAGAUCAUAGAACACAGGAAGAGUGGACAAAGCAGGUAUCAACAAAAUACACUCAGUGGGUAUGAAUACAAGAUCUUCAGCCGCGUACACCAACGAAGACGAGUUCGGGACGUCGAUCAUGUUCUUCCUCAAGACGUUACCCUCGUCGGCAGUCUACAAACAAGAGGCAGAGCUCAAGGUGUUUAUAUGGUAUACUGGAGGAUUUCAAAGAAGCGAAAUUCCGACAGACAGGAAGAUGGGGACUGGGUAGACCUUUCUGACGAAGGGUAUCUCGAUGAAGAACAUGCUGGAGAUGAGGGUUGA